AUGGCGGAGUACGGGGUGGUGGUGUUGGGCGCUGCCGGGGUGGGCAAGACGGCGCUCACGGUGGGGUUUGCCACGGGCCACUUCCAAGAGGAUUGGGAGGUGACGGUCGAUGACUCCUACCGCAAGCAAUUCGCGGUGGACGGCGAGACAUGCACCCUUCUCGUCCUCAUCAUCUUCUCAUUCCGAUUUCACGUUUUGCUCACCUUCACCUUCUUCUCCAAUCUCCAAACUGCACUCAAAGAUCAGUACCUGCGCCGGGCCGAGGGCUUCAUGAUCGUCUACGCCAUCACGUCGCACUCCUCGUUUGAGUCGGUGGCCGGGUUCCGCGACAGAAUGCUGGCCCUCAAGAUGCUCGACGCGGUGCCGAUGGUGGUGGUGGGCAACAAGUGCGACCUCGACGGGCAGCGCGCCGUGGCGACGGACGAGGGCGCGGCGUUGACCGCGUCGUUCGGGCCGAGCUGCCGGUUCAUCGAGACGUCAGCCCAGUCGCGCAUCAAUGUCGAGGAGGCCUUCGCCCAGCUGGUCCGCGCCAUACGGCAGCCUAACGCACCCCCGCUAGACCCAAGCGCUGAACGACGUCGCAAGUGUUCCCUCUUCUGA